AUGUAAGUUAUUUAUUUAUUUUCUUCUAUUUCAAAAUUUUUAAUUAAUUUUAAAAAUACUUUUCAAAUUGAUUUUAUCAUAAUAAAAAUUUAUAUUAAAUAUUAAUUUUUUGUUUAAAAAUAGAUAGUUUGUAGUUAAAUUGAUAACUACUCUUACAAUAGCUAUUCAACUUAAAUUAGAUGUGAUGAAAGCCAAUAUAAAUGGUCUACUUUUAUAUUUAUACCUCUAUUAAUAUUUUGGGCUAUUUUAAUACCUUUAACUAAAAUGGCUAUCAUUAAAAGAUUUACUAAGAGCAUUUUUGUAAUAUUUUCUUUUAAUCACUUCAAAUCAGGCUAUAAAGAAGAUUAAGCAUAUUAUUGGGAUUUAUUUAGACAUUUAUAGAUAUUCUUAUUGAUAAUUAUCCUUAAAAUGCAAUUAGCUGAUUCUACUUAAAAGAUAUCUUUAUUAUUAGUUUUAUUUGUUUGCCAAAAACUUUUGAAAAUAAUUUGUAAAUUCUUUUUAGAUUAAAUAAUUAUGUUUAAUUUGUUUGAUAAUAUUAUUUAUUAGUCAGUCCUUUUAAAACAUGUUCUAUGUAAAAACUUUGUAUAAGACAAAUGGACAUAUCUAUAUUCACAAUAACUCUGA